AUGGCGGAUGCAAUCGGUCCACGACUGUAUGGAUGCUACAACUGCCGGAAUCAUGUCGCGUUUCACGAUGAUAUUGUCUCUAAAAACUAUGUGGGUAGACAACGUCGUAGAGCUUUCUUGUUUUCCCACGUGAUGAAUGUGGUAGUAGGUCCUAAAAUGGAUCGUCUACUCAUCACGGGUUUAUACAACGUGGCAGAUGUUUCAUGCUCUGAUUGUGGGGAGGUUUUAGGAUGGAGAUAUGAGAAAGCGUACAUUGAAGCACAAAAAUUUAAAGAAUCCAAAACUGUGCUUGAAAAAUUUAAGAUUGUGAAGGAGGAUUGGUAGAAAUCUUUCUUUAUGUUCAUGAGUUGUUUUUUUUUAUCUUGAAAUCGAACAAUAAUUAUUUAGUCUUAUGCCGAUAAUUUAAGUUGUAACUUUGUUUACCUUCAUGUGUUAUUACACUUUCAAUCAUUUAUCUCUACAAUUUUUUUUAUAUUUUUUAUAUUUUUGUAAUGGUGUUGAUACAUAAACCCUAAACGAUCAACUUUGCACU